AUGGUACUUAUUAUAAAAAUAGCGAAUGACGACACCGAAUACUUUUAGGUUAUAUUCAGCAUCUUAUUGACGGUUUUAUCUUUGCCUCUAAACAGAUACAUUUCAAAUUAUGCUGAGCAUUCGUAAUUAAUUUGUAAAUCCUUAUGGUAAGUCCUCAAUCUGUUUUGCUUAGGUAGUGUUGACAUGGGAUUGAAAAAUGAUGGAUUUCUCAGUAGAUUUUAAUAUUUUUGGCUUGGUCUCACAAUUCAAUUAGAUGUUGAUACAAUUUUACCAAAUAAAAUAGUUAGAGUGGGUUUUCUUCUCGUUGUGAUUGCUUCAGUCAAUCUAACAACGUUCUACUUAAUUCUCGAUUCUUCAUAAAUUGGAUUGAUAUGUGGGGAAAUACUAUAUACCCUCAUAUUAAUAUACUAGUUAUUUGUUGAAAAGACUAUGAGGAAUCAGCAUAAACAACAAACAUCUAAAAAACCCAGUUCUCGCAGUUUUACUGAGAAAUUAGAUAGCCCUUAAGCUUAAAUUUUAGAUGAGGAAUCAAAUCAUGUUUAAAUAUUGUCCUUGGGUCAACAACUGCAUCAUUAAUAACAAAUACAAAGAGAAGCAUCAAUUCGUGAACAAAUCGAAUAUUAAAAUAGUUUCUAUAAAACUCUAUUCAAUCAAUUUCCAGAAGGCAUAAUAAUUAUUAAUGAUUAAAAUAAAAUUGAAUAUCAUAAUAAUCAAGUGAGAUCGCUAUUGGGGAGAAAACCUAUAUCCGAAGAGUUAAUUCCAAAAAGACUGUAUGAAUUGAAAAAUUAUUCCUCUAAAUUUUAGUUUGGUGAACAAGCCUAAUUUGAUAAAAUGUUUGCAGCACUGAAUAGAAAAUUAAAAAGUAAUUCUCAUGAAUUCUAAUAAUAACUCAAUGAAGAGAACUCCUUAAUUAAAGACUGUUUCUUACAAUUAGAUGAACAAACAUAUUACAAUUAUUAUGAAUAUGAAUUAAGUAAGGCUGAAACCUUAAGCCAAGAAAUUGAAAAGGCACUGCAAGAGAAGACUAGCACUCCAUCCCCUUAUCAAAGAUAAAUGUCUUAAUAUUCCUAAAAGACAUAGAAGGGAUAAGAUAAGAUUAAAUUUGGUAAAGAAGUAAAGAUGCUCUGUAUGAUCGAAGAAUCCAAAGAAGAAAUUCUUAAUGAAAUGCGCGAAGAUCAGUCAGAUGAUGAAGAUUCUGCUGGAUUGUUGAUUUAAAUAACAAUUAAAGCUUAUGUUUAUGAGAACAAGAAAAAUGUUCUAUUAAUGAUUAGAGAUGUGUCAUUAUUUAAUUAGUAUAAAGUUUUAUAACAGCAAAAUUCAAAUAAAUCGAAAAUGUUAUCUUAAGUUGCGCAUGAAUUAAGAAACCCUUUAGGUGCUAUAUGUGCUAUAAGUGCUCAAUUACUUUCAAAGUUUUCGCAAGAUAAAGAAACCAGUAAAAAGUAUUUGAAGCCAUUGAAAAGCUCAGCCGAGUCGAUUUCGAGAUUGGCUAAUGAUUUGCUUGAUCUAGCUUAAUUAAAAGCUGGAAAAUUUAAGUUAACAUUUUAAGAGUUUGCAAUUAAAACCCUGCUUUUCGAUACAAUAGCUAUGAUGACUUUUAAUGUAGGUGCUAAGAAUCUGCAACUUAGUUUGAAAUAUGAUAAAAAAAUACCAAAUCUAAUAAAAUCAGAUCAAUAGAGAAUUCAAUAGAUUAUAUUGAAUUUAAUUAACAAUUCUACUAAAUUCACAAAGACUGGAGGAAUAAAGGUGGAAGCCAAAUUAUUACAACCAAAAUUAAUUGAAAUAUCAGUAGAAGAUACUGGAGUAGGAUUACAGCCAGAAGAUAUUAAGAAACUAUUCUAACCUUUUGGGAAAUUGGAAGAUUCAAAGCAUUUAAACACUUAAGGUGUGGGUUUGGGAUUGAUGAUAAGUAAUGUGUUGGCAUAAAAAUUGAGUGGAGGAGAUGUUGGAUUACAGGUUGAAUCUAAGGGAUUGGGAUAAGGAACAAGGUUUAUCUUUAAAAUAUUGGACUAAAACGAAACUAAGAGUUCUGUUCAUUAAUCUUAAGACACAAAAUAUUUUGGUAGGAAGGAGAGCAAUCUUUCAAUAGUAAGGGUGGCUAAGAGAGAUUAGUUAACAUUAUAACCAAUGAGUGCUUCAAUAUACAGAGCCAAGGUAAUCAGUGAAUAGAAAAUAGAGGAAAAUGAAAGCACAAUCUAUUAAUUCUAAUGUGAAGAGGACAAUUUUUAAGAGGAUCCUGUGCAAGAGUCUUAUGAAAAUUGUGCAUGUCCAAGAAUCUUGAUUGUGGAUGAUGAACCAAUAAAUUUGAUGAUCUUGGGUUAUUAAUUGAAGAAUUUGAAGUACCGUUAUUAGUAGGCAAAGAGUGGUUAGGAGGCCUUAGAUUUCCUAAAGGGAUGGUAAAGCACUUAAGAAUAUUGUUGCAAUUGGAUCAGAUGUGUGAUUAUCGAUAUACAGAUGCCGAUGAUGGAUGGAUAUUAGACUUCAAAAUUAAUUAGAAUGAUGGAGAAGGAGAAAAAAAUAAGUAAAUGUGCAAUUAUUGGGUGCAGUGGAUUUUCUGAUGAGGAAACUAAAAAACUAGGAUUUGAGAGUGGUAUGGAUCAUUUCCUUUCUAAGCCCGUCACUUAAGUAGAAUUAUAAACUAUAUUAAAUUAAUGUUGUUGA